AUAGAAAUCCCUGAUCGUCAAGACAGGGUCAAGUUUCCGUGUAGAUGCUGGCUAGCGCAAGAUGUAGACGAUGGAAAGAUUGAAAGAGAAAUGUUCCCUGUCCCGCAACUGCCUAAAACGUCAUACACCAUGUCAGUCAAGUUGGGUGAGGUGCUCACACCAGACACCAACCUUCAUGUUCAGAUAUUCGGAGAAAAAGGAGAAACAAGUAAAAUAAUGCUGCGACCAGUUGGCACGUCAUUCAAUAGAUUCGAGAAAGGAAGGACUUAUAAAUUCACUGUUGAGACGGUUGACAUUGGAAAGAUUCAAAGGCUUCGCAUCGGCCAUGACGCACGUGGACCGGGCAAAGGAAUUUUCGUAGAGGAAGUAGAUGUGCUACCAUCUGACGGCGAGCGAGCGACSUUUCCUUGUUCAUGCUGGCUUUCGGAAGACAAGGCUGAUAGUAAAAUAGAACGGGAUGUUUUACCUGGWAAACCCAAGCCACCAAGACCUAAUGUGUCGUACCACCUCGCCAUCAAGACAGCCGAUGUACCCAAUGCAGGUACCGAUGCCAAUGUCUACUUCCAACUGAUCGGAGACGAGGCAGAAACAGAGAAGAUACAGCUGAGGCAAGGAGGGAAGUCUGAGAAGAGAUUCGAGCGGGGCAGGACUGAUAAAUUUAUUGUGGAAACUGUUGACGUUGGACCG